GUGCGCUUGAGUUCGAUCGCAAGGGCAAUGGGCAAGAAGUUGUCGUCCCUUGCUCGUAGCUCGGGAGACAAUAGAAAAAAACAUUGUUCUUAUGAAAACGUGUUCGAUCAACUCCUCGAGUGGAGUGCUAGCCGCGUCGAUGACCUUCUUGCGGGGGGGGUCGGCGUCGACUGGCACUCCGCGGUCGCGAGGUGGUCGACCUCAAAGUAAUGCUUUGAGAUGGCGUGACGGCAAAGACGGAUUUGCAGACAAUGGUCCAAUGUUUGAAAGGUUGACGGUAAGGGACCACAUGGCCAUGUGGGAUGCACCUGCAAGACCUGAUGUCGUGUUUCUUGAACCUGUGAAACUUUUGCAGAUUCGCAGCAUGUUCGAGAAAAGGUGUCCUCAACACAGGAAAGAGGUGGAGGUGACGAUAGAGAAAAUAUCCUAUCCUUGUCACAUUUGCAAGUUGCAAUUCGCUUGCGGGAAUGGGUGCAUUUGGCACUGGAAUUCCGCGAAGGUUGUCAAAGGUGGUGUGAGAGAUUCGAGGGUGGAGACACAUGUGUUCCACUCCGCUGUGGCUGCGGGGAUGACGCACACCCAACUGAACAACCUCUUGAUGGGCCUCGGAAUGAAGAAGGUCAGGAAAGAAACAUUCUACAAAUUUUUCCGUGAUGAAGGCAAAGGUUCGAGACAAUGGCUGCGACACGUGGAACGAGUUACACAAAGGAUCUUCAACAAGGUCAUCGCACGUUUGCGCAGAUCUAACGAUCCAGUUGUCGUAUUGGUCGACGACCAUUACAACUCGUCCCGUGACGCGCAACAUUGUACGGUGACGGCGCUGGACUUGAAGUCUGGGAUGAUCGUGGGUACGGAGACGAUGCUGAGGGGGGGCGAAUCGUCGUGGAGGCUGGAAACGCAGUGCGUGGAGAAGCUCCUUCAUCGAUUGAAGGACGAACAUAACCUCAUAAUUGCUGAGGUUGUGCAUGACGACUACGGUGAGGUUGACGUCAUCCUACGACGAAUGAACAUUGACUCGCAGAAGUGUAUGUGGCACAAAGCCAAGACUUUGGUGAAACGCUUGCGAGAGGCAGUGCGUGCCACGAAGACUGUCAAGCCAUCUGUGGUGGGAGCUUGCGAGCACGUUCGCGAGGUGAGGUGUUUCACAAAGAAGGAGCUCGAAGUGUGGCUCGAGACGAAGGGUGUGCUCGUGGCUGGGGCUGCCACGAAAAAGAAGGACGAGCUCGUGGAGAUAGUGUGGGGUGUGUUGUUUCCCAACGAAGCAGGGAAGUCGUUGGAAGAUGACGUUGUCGAGAUCGACGCGUUGGAGGACUUGCAUUGCAAUGCGGCGGAGGAGGCGAAGGAAUGGUUGUACGGUGCUUGCCAGAUGCGCGGACGGGCGUGGGAUGACGACGACGAUGUGUUGGCCUCACAUGUGCAACACCUGGCCGAUCAUUGGGCUGGGGAUCACUCGAUGUGAGACAAGGAGUUGUCGAACCUGUGUAAGGCGGCUGGCAAUUCAGAGAGAGAGCCAUUGUACGAGGCUGGGGGUUGGGUUCAUGCCGCCGUUUCUCGAUGUUUGCAGCAGUUCGCUUCCAACACGAAGAUGGCAUACUACACACGUGCGAGAAUGACGUUCAACAACGAAUGCUUCCACUCUGUGAUCAACAAGUACUGCACGAAACGAUUGAACUUCCCAAAGUCGUAUGGGGCGCGGGUUUCUUGCACGGCACUGGAAUGGAACAAGAACAAACGAAUCAGGUCAUC